AGGAAGGGGCGGGUCGUGCGCAUGCUCGGUACGAGGCGACCUGGAAGCUGAAACCCGGCUUGUGGGGAAACCUCAGGAACGGGAACAACCCUGGACUAAUUAGAGCGUGUGUGUCUGUGUGUUUGUAUUGACCGUAAGCAACAGAAGGAAGCUGUUUGGAUUAAGGGCACUUUUCGUAGAAGUUUUGGUGUCAAGGAACAUUCGAGAUGGCUGCAGCAUCAGGGAAGGGAUCAUUACGAAAAGCAAAAUCAUUUACUGUAAAGACAUCGUUAAAUAAUCCAUAUGCUAUCAACUGGAGUACUCUGGAAAGAGAUGAUAUGCACUUCAUAUUACAGACACUGGAAGAAAGAUUUAAACAUGUUGGACUUCAAAAGAUUGAGACUCCAAAGAAGAAAAAAAGGCCUUUUCCAAAAAGGCAAAGCAAAGAAAAGGAUACUGUUGAUAAUGAUGAAGUUCCAAAGAAAAAAGAAACAGAAAUUAGCCAGAAAGUACCAGGAUGGACUCCUGUACAUAUCAGGAAACAACUUGCUAUUGGGAUUAAUGAAGUUACCAGAGCUCUAGAGAAAAAUGAACUUCUUUUAGUCCUAGUGUGCAAAUCUGUCAAACCUGCUAUGAUGACUUCCCACCUGAUUCAGUUGAGUGUCAGCAGAGCUGUACCAGCUUGCCAGGUUCCUCGCCUUAGUGAUAGCAUUGCACCUGUUAUUGGUUUAAAGUGUGUUCUAGCUCUGGGUUUCAAAAAAAAUACCCAAGCUUUUGUUGAUGAACUAAAAGCUAUAAUUCCCAGGGUACCUAGUUUACAUGUGCCAUGGCUUCAAGACAAAACUAAAGAUUCCCUGGAAGAUACAGCAUGUGAAACUUUAGAAAAGCAAGAUGAAAGUGUUUUAGAAACCUCCUUUGAAGAGCUUACUAAAAAUAAGCGAAAACUUGUUGAAUGUCAGCAAGAUACUUCUGCUGUAACUUUACAGCCCCUAAAAAUAAAGAAACUGAUUCCAAAUCCCAACAAGAUAAGGAAACCACCAAAAAAUAAAAAAACUACUUUAAAAUAACAUGUGAAACAUAACUUGUAACACAUUUUUCCAUAAUUAAAACUAAUUUCUGAAAAUGAAUUACUUUUACAUGUGUCCUUGCUAUAUAUAGCUCGUUAAAUGUUCCUUGUAAAAAAAAAAAAGGUAACUUUAGGGCACAAAACAUAUCUAGGUUUAAACCAAUAUUUAAAUGUAUCAGUUAUUAGAAAACCUGAGUAUAAAAACAAAAGUUUAUUAAAAUAAAUGUUCAAACUGAUAUAAAUUCAUUAAAGAGGCCAGUAAGAUGCUGGUUUGUGAGAACACUUUUUCAUCAUAACUAUAUUCCUAUCAAAAUCGUUCUGCCACAGCAGACAUUCAUUCUUAAUGA